AUGGGGCUCGGACCCCCAGAAACGGGGCCGGGACCCCCGGGACCCCCCGGACUCCGAGAGGGACCCCGGGAACGGGACAGGGACCCUCGGGACCCCGAACGGAGCGGAAAGACCCCAGAGAACGAGCGGGACUCCCGCGAGACCGAACGGGACCCUCGGGACCCCCGGGAACCGGGCCGGGACCCCCGGAACCCCCGGGAGACCGAGAGGGACCCCCGGGACCCCGAACGGGGCGGGGAAGUCCCGGAGACAUCGAAAGGGACCCCGGGAACGGGGCUGGGACCCCCGGGACCCCGAACGGGGCGGGGAGACCCCCGAGAUCCAAGAGGGACCCCCGAGACCCCCGAGAGCCCGAACGGGACCCCCGGAACGGGGCUGGGACCCCCGAGAACUGACCGGGAUCCCCGGAACAGGACAGGGACCCCCGGGAACCGGGCUGGGACCCCCGGAACCGGGCUGAGACCCUCGGGACGGGACAGGGACCCCCGGGACACCGGGAACCGGGCGGGGAAACCCCGAGAACCAACCGGGACUCCCGGGAACGGGAGAGGGACCCCCGGGACCCCCGAGAGCCCGAGCGGGACCCUCGCAACGGGGCUGGGACCCCCGGAAUGGGGCUGGGACCCCCGGAAUGGGGCUGGGACCCCCGAGAGCCGAGUGGGACCCCCAGUACACCGGGAACACCGGGAACCGGGCUGGGACCCUCGGGACCCCCGGGAACCGAGCGGGACCCCCGGGAACGGGAGAGGGACCCCCGGGACACCGGGACCGAGAGCCCCGGGACCCCCGAGAGCCCGGGACCCCCGGGACCCCCAGAAAGGGACCCCCGGGGACAGGGACACCGGGACCCCCGGGACCUGCCGGGACCGGGACCCCCGGAACGGGAACGGGACCCCCGAGAGCCGAGCGGGACCCCCGGGACCUGCCGGGACCGGGGCCACCGGAGGGGGCGGGGCCCGCGGCACCGGACGGACGGACGGACGGACGGAUGAGCCCGGAGCGUGGGAACCGCCGCCCCCCGCCGCUCCCGCCGUGACUCAGCGCCGGUCCCCGCCGCUGCCGUCAGCCCCCGCUGCUGCCGAGGCACCGGGACCCUCGGGACCCCCCGAACCGGUACCCCCGGGGAGCGCGGGCGAGCGGGGGCCGGGACCGGGACCGCCCCCAGCCCCGCUGCGCCACCCACGGGACCCCCGGAGCUCCUCAGCCAGCUCCCGACACCGGGUGGGCGGGGGUCGCUUUGCCCCGGUCGACCCCCGGAACCCCCGGGAGACCGAGAGGGACCCCCGGGACCCCGAACGGGGCGGGGAAGUCCCGGAGACAUCGAAAGGGACCCCGGGAACGGGGCUGGGACCCCCGGGACCCCGAACGGGGCGGGGAGACCCCCGAGAUCCAAGAGGGACCCCCGAGACCCCCGAGAGCCCGAACGGGACCCCCGGAACGGGGCUGGGACCCCCGAGAACUGACCGGGAUCCCCGGAACAGGACAGGGACCCCCGGGAACCGGGCUGGGACCCCCGGAACCGGGCUGAGACCCUCGGGACGGGACAGGGACCCCCGGGACACCGGGAACCGGGCGGGGAAACCCCGAGAACCAACCGGGACUCCCGGGAACGGGAGAGGGACCCCCGGGACCCCCGAGAGCCCGAGCGGGACCCUCGCAACGGGGCUGGGACCCCCGGAAUGGGGCUGGGACCCCCGGAAUGGGGCUGGGACCCCCGAGAGCCGAGUGGGACCCCCAGUACACCGGGAACACCGGGAACCGGGCUGGGACCCUCGGGACCCCCGGGAACCGAGCGGGACCCCCGGGAACGGGAGAGGGACCCCCGGGACACCGGGACCGAGAGCCCCGGGACCCCCGAGAGCCCGGGACCCCCGGGACCCCCAGAAAGGGACCCCCGGGGACAGGGACACCGGGACCCCCGGGACCUGCCGGGACCGGGACCCCCGGAACGGGAACGGGACCCCCGAGAGCCGAGCGGGACCCCCGGGACCUGCCGGGACCGGGGCCACCGGAGGGGGCGGGGCCCGCGGCACCGGACGGACGGACGGACGGACGGAUGAGCCCGGAGCGUGGGAACCGCCGCCCCCCGCCGCUCCCGCCGUGACUCAGCGCCGGUCCCCGCCGCUGCCGUCAGCCCCCGCUGCUGCCGAGGCACCGGGACCCUCGGGACCCCCCGAACCGGUACCCCCGGGGAGCGCGGGCGAGCGGGGGCCGGGACCGGGACCGCCCCCAGCCCCGCUGCGCCACCCACGGGACCCCCGGAGCUCCUCAGCCCGCUCCCGGUGA